ACAAUGAUGUUCUUUCUUUUCCGGCAUGGUGCUUUUCUGUACGAUUUGCGUUUCACUUAAAAGUUAAAGGUACAAACAACCUUUACAACUAUUUGUUAUCUGUUCAUUCGUGUGUAUUUUUGCUAUUAGAUGCUGUCAAUAUAAUAUAAUCUUUUGAGCGUGGAACAUUAACACUGACAUUAAUUGUGUUACAGCUUAACGCCAAUCAAAUCACCACAACUUUGCAAGCAUCUCUGGACCUAUUUAUAAAAGACUCUUGUGUGAGCUAGAAAACAAAUAAAUAAAUAUAUAUAUAUAUAAAAUAAUAACGAGACACCAUUCCAUUCUAUCAUUGAUUGUUGAAAUGUUGUUAUUCGAUUAGGCUACUGAUUGAAUAUUAGAACUAACUGAACAAUAAAAUUUUUUGUUACUAAGUAAAAAUACACAAUUAAGAUGGAGACUACUCCUGAUGGAAAAGUUAAAAUGCCAAAAGUGGCCAAAGUUAAAAAUAAAAUGCCUGCACCUGUUCAGAUCACGGCAGAACAGCUUUUACGUGAGGCUAAAGAAAGAGAAUUGGAAUUGGUUCCCCCGCCACCAAAGCAGAAAAUAUCUGACCCAGCAGAGCUUGAUGCCUAUCGAAUGAGAAAAAGGAAGAUGUUUGAAGAUAACAUACGUAAGAACCGAAGCUGGAUGACAAAUUGGAUCAAGUAUGCCCAAUGGGAAGAAAGCCAGAAGGAAUAUCAAAGGGCUCGCUCAAUUUGGGAGAGAGCCCUUGAUGUUGACCAUCGAAAUAUCACAGUAUGGCUGAAGUAUGCUGAGAUGGAGAUGAGGGCAAGACAAAUAAACCAUGCACGAAAUAUCUGGGAUCGUGCUGUGACAAUUCUUCCACGAGCAAAUCAAUUUUGGUAUAAGUAUACAUACAUGGAGGAGAUGUUAGAAAACAUUGCGGGGGCAAGGCAAGUGUUUGAGCGUUGGAUGGAGUGGGAACCAGAAGAACAAGCGUGGCAUGCCUACAUUAAUAUGGAACUAAGAUACAAGGAACUUGACAGGGCCCGUUCUAUCUAUGAAAGAUUUGUUAUUGUGCAUCCGGAAGUAAAGAACUGGAUAAAGUAUGCCAGGUUUGAAGAAAAGAAUAAUUAUAUUAUCAGUGCUAGAACUAUUUAUGAAAGAGGUGUUGAGUUUUUCGGAGAAGAUAAUAUUGAUGAGAAAUUACUUAUAGCUUUUGCUAAGUUUGAAGAAGCCCAGAGAGAGCACGAUAGAGCCAGAGUCAUUUACAAAUAUGCACUUGAUCACUUGCCGAAGGAAAUGUGUGAAGAGAUAUACAAACAAUACACAAUCCAUGAGAAGAAAUUUGGUAGUAGAGCUGCUAUUGAGGAUGUUAUAGUUUCUAAAAGAAGAUAUCAGUAUGAAGAAGAAAUAAAAGCUAACCCCAGUAACUACGAUGCUUGGUUUGACUAUUUGCGUCUUCUUGAAACUGAUGGAAAUUCAUCUCAAAUAGAAGAAACUUAUGAACGUGCUAUUGCGAAUAUUCCCCCAUCCCAAGUCAAAAGACAUUGGAGACGGUAUAUUUAUUUGUGGAUAAACUAUGCACUUUUUGAAGAAUUGGAAGCUGAAGAUAUAGAAAAAACAAGAGAAGUGUAUAAAGCAUGUCUAGAUAUCAUUCCUCACAAGGUUUUCACUUUUGCAAAGAUUUGGCUUCUGUUUGCGCAUUUUGAAAUUCGUCAGAAGAAUUUGAACAAUGCUCGUAAAAUUAUGGGUACAGGAAUCGGUAAAUGCCCUAAAAAUAAACUCUUUAGGGGAUAUAUAGAACUUGAACUACAGUUAAGAGAAUUUGAUCGGUGUAGAAUACUCUAUGAAAAAUAUCUGGAAUACAUGCCAGAGAAUUGUUCAACAUGGGUGAAAUAUGCAGAACUUGAAACAAUAUUGGGUGAUGCUGACAGAACAAGGGCGAUAUAUGAACUUGCUAUAAAUCAGACUAAGUUAGACAUGCCUGAAGUUUUGUGGAAAGCCUAUGUUGAUUUUGAAAUUGAUCAGGAAGAAUUUGAUAGAACACGUGAUCUUUACAGACGUUUGUUAGAAAGAACGCAUCAUGUUAAAGUAUGGUUAAGUUUUGCACAGUUCGAAAAAGGAAUCGAUGAUGAGCAUGCUGUGGAAAAUGCUCGCGAUGUUUACAAACAAGCCAACAAAGCCUUAAAGAAGUCUGAUGACAAAGAACAAAGAUUGAUGUUGUUAGAAUCGUGGCAAGAGUUUGAGAAGACUACAGAAGAUGAGGAUGCUAUAGAGGCUGUAAAUAAACUAAUGCCACAGAAGGUGAAAAAGAGGAGAAAGAUUCAGACAGAAGAUGGCACCGAAGCUGGGUGGGAAGAAUAUUAUGAUUAUAUCUUCCCUGAUGAAGAAUCUUCCAAACCAAAUCUUAAACUUUUGGCCUUGGCUAAAAAAUGGAAAGAACAAGGACCUCCAGAAUAAAUCUUUUGAUUAUAGUAAAAUCCAUGAUGAGCAAACUUUUGAAAUAAGUGCUAAAAAUACAUUUAGAUUGUGUAUAAAUACAGACACUCAGACGAUACUUAACAUUUGUGAUGUAAAAAUUGUUCUCAUCUCUUAAAAGAUACCAUGUUUAUUCAUCUUCAUUGUAAUUCUAUGUACAUUUAUGUUCCAAUAUCAGAAAUCAAUGUUUUGUUGUGGAGAGACUGGAUGUUUAUUUUGCUACAUUCUUUGCCAGUCAGUUUACAAAAAUUGGAAUUCUGAAGUGCCCAUAAAGUCUAUUUUUGUAAUCUCACUUUAAAGUAAAAGAACUAACUUUAUAAUGUUUAUGUCAGAAUAAUGAGCCGAUAAAAAUAUGAGAAUGUU